AAAAAAGGUAAAUAAAUGGAUGGUGCUCCUAAAAGGGGCCGGGGCAGAGGCCGUGGUGGUAGGGGACGCGGUAGAGGUAGAGGCAGGGGCCGCGGUAGAGGUAAGAAAGUUGUGAAAAUAAUCGAGAGCGACGAAGAAGUGGAAACUCCUACUGAAGAGGCUCAGAAGACUCAGCCCGAGCCUGAGACUCCUGAAGCUGUUGUAGCACCAUUGAUUGACCUAGAAGCAGAUAUAUCCCAACUAGAAGCACCAACUUUCACAACAAUCAACAAAGGCCCCCCAGAGUUUAUGCUCAGACUGCUCUGGGACCACAAAGCCCAUUUAAUAGGCGAAAAAGUCCUAAACCCCAUGAUCCAUUGCUGCGACACUUGUCUGAGACCCAUUUUAAUUUACGGCCGAAUGAUUCCUUGCAAGCACGUUUUUUGUUUGGCCUGCGGCAAAAAGGAACAAAAACAAUGUCCCAGGUGCCAGGAAAAAGUAACCAGAGUUGAACAAACUGGGCUUGGUACUGUUUUCAUGUGCACCCACGGUGGAAGUCGCUAUGGGACAACCGGAUGCAGGAGGACUUAUUUGUCUCAGAGAGACUUGCAAGCGCACAUCAACCAUCGUCACAUGGCAAUCCAACAGCCUGCAGCUUUACCACAACCAAUGGAGGUGAUUGUAGCAGAAGAAAGGCCCCCAAUGCGCCAAAAAGCAAGCCUAAACAACGAUCCGCGUUCAAGUUCCAAUUCAACAGGACGUAGACCGUCACAAAUACAAUCAGCAGGUGUUAGCAGAACUAAUCUUAUUACAGUACCUAUUCAGGAAACUGCAGCUCCUAUUGUUCACGAAGUCAUAAACCCUCCAACACAGAAUAAUUAUUAUAAUCAAUAUCAGCCAGGUCCUCAAACCAAUUAUGGACAAAAUAUGCCUCCCAUGCAUAUACCACCUCCUCAACCUCAGCCUCAAUAUUACGUUACACCUCCAGCGUAUAGUCCAGCUGCUAAUACCUAUCCUGCUUAUGGGGCUCAAGCUCCACCCGCUCCUCAACCUCAAUAUGUAACUCCUGGAGUUUCUGCCCCAGGCAGAAUGACUCAGCAAUAUGACUAUAAUGCUGCCCCAACUCAGUGGCCCAACAACCAGCAAUACUACAGGUAGAUGUUAAGGGAUUUUAGGUUUUAAAUAAAAAAACAAAUUUUUUUUACUUAUUAAUUUGUGUGUUUUAAUUUCCUUUUGUGGGCGAUUAAAGAGGUGCGGUGCACGAAAGUUUUGGGACAUUGAGCGCAGCUGUACAGUUUUUCCUUUGAAUGGCUGUUUUUGUGUAUUCUGAGGGCUACGUUGUUGUAAAAUGGUUUGGCACAUAGUUCGCAUAUGUAAUUUUUCUCACCUGAAAUAAUGUUAGAUAAGAAAAAUAUGUUGGAAAUUGUACAGACCAAGUUCCAAUGCCAACAAAUAAUUGGGAAAGGUUUGUAGAAUGGUAAAAAUUGCUGUUAAAGGUUGAUUCACACAUAGCAGUGACGUGACAGUGUCGUAACCGGCUCGUGAUUUCACCGGCCGUAAACUCACAGUGAUUUCUAUUCAUAUUGGCCAGUGUUUCAUCAGUGCCGUGUCAGUAUAGUUUAUAGCCAAAUAGAAAUAUUUUCAGAUGAAGAACUUUUGCAGAACGCACUGGUUUUGGACGAAGAAAAAGAAGAACAGGUAGAAAAACGACACUGGGUCAAUCCUGCAUGGAAAAAGAGAGGUACAGAAGGGGAAUUAAUAACAUUAUACAAAGAACUAGUAGACGAUGCAGCAAAGUUAGGAUGUCAGAAAAUUAAUUCAACCUAUUGUUGUGCAAGAUAGAAGUUCAUUUUGAAAAAGCAUGACACCCUCCAGAUAGCAUUCUUGAAAUCAGAGUCCAUGUAUUUUGAGUUGCACAAGUCAUACAAAACGGGAUAACCAUAUACCAACUCAAUUUGUACGGCCGUAAAAAUCCAAAAAUAUCGGCAGAAACUAAUAUAACGAUCACGUUACGGUACCGGCGACAGCACUGUUUGCACUAUUACGGUCGCGUGUCGGGCAGAUGGGAAUAGGUACCAUCAAAUUCCUACGACAAUAACUUUGACUUCGCCGUGUGAAUCAACCUUAAAGGAUAAAUAUUUAUGUAAAUAGACAAUUAGGUGAAGUUAUUCAAAUGCCUUUCUGGAUAAUAGAAAAAACUGGUUAAUGAUUGAAACAGGAGUAAGUAGUUGAUAAUCAAAUCAACAGGAAAAGUUUUAAAUUUGGUGUUAAAGUGAAGUGAAUUUAAUUUAAGUAACAUUGGAACUUAGGUCUGUACUCAACCUAAAACCAAUCAUCACCAGUAUGUGUUUUCAUAUGUUCUCUCAAAUGCGAAGCCAUCUUGUACCUAUUAUCGCACAAAGUGCAACCAUAAGGUUUUUCCCCAGUGUGACUCCGCAUGUGCACGUUCAAAUCCCCAGAGCGUUUGCACUGUUUCCCACAAAUUGCGCACUCAAACUUUUUCUGCUCAGAAUGAAUGAGCAUGUGAGCGUUCAGAAUCGACCUUGAAGCAAACUUAGUCAAACAAAUGUUGCAACUGUAAGGCUUUUCUCCAGUGUGUUCUCUUAAAUGUAUUUUCAAAUUGUGCCCAUAUCGAAAAGCUUUGCCACAAGUUGUACACAAAUGUUCCCUUUGGGAAUUAUUAUGCAUUUUCAAAUGUGUAUUUAAGGUGUACUUGUGAGAAAAACUUUUAUUGCAAAUGUCACACUGAAAUGGUUUUUCUCCAGUGUGUGAUUUCAAAUGGACAAUCAAAUAACGCGGAUCCGUGAAAGACUUUUCACAUUGGUCGCACUUUGCUGGAAAUUCGCCAGUGUGUGAUCUAGUGUGCAUUACUUUUUGGCGAUUGGUUUUGAAGGUUUUGUCACAGUGAUCGCACUGGAAUAAGAGAUUGUGGUAUUUUAAGUGGGCUUGAAGUUUUUGCACGGUUUUAAAUUGUUUGCUGCACAUGUAGCAAAAAUGGUUGUCGGUGUGGUGGGCUUGCAAAUGGGUUUCUGGAAAUUCUUUUUGGCAGAUUGUGCACCAGAAUUUGUCAGCUAAAGGAUCGCUGGAAACUAUUUCUUCUAAAAUGUAGUCUUCUUCGUUUUCAGUGUGUGGUUCUACUAAUUCAUUCUUUGUUAUUGAAAAUUUUGUUUCUUCAUUGGGUUUUUCGUUGAUGCCCAACAAAAUUGAUUGAAGAGCGAGGUUGUUGUCUUCGCAGAGCUUUUUGAAUUUGUAGAACUCUGAUGCUUUGUCCAUGCAUGAUACGCAUAUGUUUUCUGGAA